AUGUUUAACGUACUUGCUAGCGCUUUAAAGGGAAGAGAUGAUGAUGAGCAGGGAGAAGGAAGUGGUCCAAAUUCUGAUACCGAAAUUGAUCAUGAAACUGUUCUCAAUCAUCACAAGAAGAUUUAUGAAUCGGAAGAAGUUACAGAUCACUCUGAAAAAGAACUUGGUCAUGCGGCUGCUUUUGAAGCCUUUAAGAAAUUAAGUUCUGGUGAUUUGAAAGGGGUAGAUAAACAAGCCUUGAUUUCAAUGGCAAUGCAAGAAGGUAUGAAAAUCUGGCAAAAAAAGAAGUCCUCUGGAGAUGAUUCUGGUGAUAGUAAAGGUAUUACGAUAGAUAUUUCGUCAUGGGUCGAUUUUUUGCUUCGCUCAGUACCGACUGGACAUCAAAAUUCUCACACCACGAACACUACACUUCCUUUCCCACCACUUACAGAACAACAUAUAUUGAAUUGUGCAUUUUCCUCGUGGUAUUCCAAUUUUCGAACUGUCACUUUGAAAUCCAAGAUAAUUAGACCUUUGCCGGAAGAAUUUAUUGAAUAUUUGCAUGCGGAUGGAGUAUUCCUUCCUGAUCGAAAUUAUCUGGAGGGAAGUUAUAAUGCCGAAUACAGUGAGGACGACGAUGACGAUUUUAAUGAAGCAGGAGUAGAGUCGGUUGAAGAUGACGACGAAAAACCAUUGCCUAGUUUCCCGGGACUAGAACGAAGAAUUUGGCAGACAAUUGAAGAUUUUGAUGGAGCUAUCUUUCCGAAACUUAACUGGAGUUCGCCAAAGGAUGCCGCGUGGAUUUCUGCGACAAACACACUUAAGUGCACCACACCAUCGGACAUCUUUUUAUUGCUGAAGUCUUCGGACUUCAUAGCUCACGACCUUGAUCAUGCGUUCGACGAUUGUAUUUAUGACGGUCAGGAAGCGACGCGGAGACGAAGAAGGCCUGAUGCUUUUGAAUUGGUGUUGAGGAAAUGGUAUGAUGUGGCCCCUUCUUUGGAGUUCCGGUGUUUCGUGAGAAAUGAUAGGAUUGUUGGUAUAUCACAGCGCGAUCCAAAUUUUUAUCCUUUUUUGAACGAUAUAAAGGAAGAAUUGGAAACAAAAAUCAAGAAUUUUUUUGCCACAAAUAUACAAAAUAAAUUUCUGAACAAUGACUAUGUAUUUGAUACAUACGUGACGCGAAAUAGAGAUCGGGUGUGGUUAAUUGAUUUUAAUCCUUUUGGACCAAUGACCGAUAGUCUUUUGUACACAUGGGAUGAAAUAUUAACAGCAACCGAAUCUCCGACAUUUCGUAUUAUCACCUCGCAAACGGAAGCUAAUCAAUCGCGUAGCCAACCAUUUGUAGUCAAUCGUUAUCCGCGAGAAGUCUUUGAUUUUUCUCAAAACCAGACUGUUGCAGAAUUUGCUGAACGGUUUCAGCGCGAAUUGAUGAUUGCGGGAGAGGAAAGUAGUGAAGAGGAAUAA